UAGGCUAUUAGAGAUUUAAACUUUUAUUUACGUACUAAAAUACGUCUUCAACGAUACCAGACCAGGUCAUGGAGUGAAAUUGCUAGAUUCAUGCUUCUUUUGUUUAUUCUUGUUCUUCUUCUGAAAGGGACAGUAAUUUUUCGAAGCACCAACAACAGUAAGGUAUUGUUGUAUUUACUAGCUUUGGAUUUACAGAACAUUGAAUGUGAAGCAAGAUCAUGAUGUACAAUCUCUAAUUGGAGAACAAUCAAGUCGGCCGGGGCUUUACAGUCACCACUGUUUAAUUAUUGCAACUCCCUAUUUUUUAUGGUACUUACUUUAAUUUCUCCUGUUUCUAGGGUUUUCUUCCCUUUCAACUCUCACAUCACACUAUAAAUAUCAAAUAGUACUUUCUUUUUAGCUCUAAUGGUGCAAGUUCAUUAAUCCUUGUAGAAUCAAGGGACAGCUGGAAAGUUUUGUCACUACCAAGAAGAUCAAGAGCAGAUAAGUGUUCCAAAAGUGGCAAGAUGUCUAGUUCCAGCAGCUACUCCAACCCUCCAUGUGCUGCCUGCAAAUUCUUGAGAAGAAAAUGCUUGCCAAGUUGCAUUUUUGCACCCUAUUUUUCUCCGGAGGAACCAAUAAAGUUCACAACCGUACACAAAGUAUUCGGGGCCAGCAAUGUGAGUAAGCUCCUGAAUGAAAUCCAGCCUCAUCAGAGAGAAGAUGCUGUCAAUUCUCUCGCUUAUGAAGCCGAGGCGCGCUUAAAAGAUCCUGUUUAUGGCUGUGUUGGAGCAAUUUCAGUUCUUCAAAGGCAAGUUAUUCGCCUCCAGAAGGAACUCGAUGCCACGAAUGCUGAUUUAAUGCGAUACACCAAUUUUGAACAAGUAAAUAAUAAUCAAAUUAUGGUGAAUCAAGAAAGGAGUAAUUUUCAAUAUGGGAGAAGAAUGGUUCCUAGUUAUUCUUCUUCUGCAUGGAACAGUGGUAUUUCAGGAGAUCAAAACAAUAUUGGAAUUGAUGGUGGUAGUGGCAGGUGAGGAAUGGAAGUGCAGCAUCACUAAGUUAAUUGUAUUUGUUAAUUAACUUUGUUUUCCCAAUUAAGGGAAAGGAAUUAAACUUUAAUGUACAAAACAUGUAUAUUUGGUGGAAUAAUUGUUGAAUGUUAAGUGUUGUAAGUUAUAUAGAUGGACAUAUAUAUUACGAUAUUAUGCUAUAAUUAAAA